CUUUUGUCUGCUGACCUUUGUGCACUGGCAUCCAAUCAGGCAAAAAUCACUUUAAUCUAUUCACUCCCGAAUGACAAAAACAAUACAUCUAUAACACUAAAUAGAACAGGUCCAAGUAAAAUUCCAUUGGAUUUAGAUUACUGUGAUAAUCAUGAUAGUGACGUGAUUCCUCACUUCAAUAAAUACUCAAAUCAAACUAUACCAAACUCUGGUGAUUUCAGAAAUGAUAAACAUGAAAAUGAUUUAGAUCAGAAAUCGAUUGACAGUAAAUCAUAUAAUAAAGAGUCUAUCAAUUUGUUUCCAACAAGGGAUGAUCAUUGUGAAUCGUUUCGACCGAUCCCAAAUCCACGAAGUGUAUAUAGUAACGAUAGUAACCGAUCGUCUUCUAGAUCUCCACAUAAAGCGGACGAUCAUCAAAAUAAAAACAAAACUAAGUCAAUUGAAUGGGAAGAUGUUGAUACUAAUGAGGAUGAUGAGGAAUCUAGACAAAAUACACAACCUCCUACUAAAUCAACAAGUUCCAUAAAAAUAAAAUCAAAUGAUAAAUCACUAAGUAUACAAUCUAAUCCUAACUUACAAUAUGGUGAAGUUGGUGUUGCUCUACUACGAAAUUCCAAAUUAUCGACUUCAGAUCUUAAUUUGUUCUACACGCUAAGUCAACCAAAAUUAGAUAUUCAUGAAGUUAAACGUCUUCUUAAUGAAGGUGCAAAUCCAAAUUGCAUUAAUGCUGCUAAAGAAACACCAUUGAUUUGUGCUGUACGUCAUGGCUUCGUUGAAGCGAUAUCUGUACUAAAAGAAAAUGGUGCACAGGUUAAUGCUACCGGAACAUCAUUAGGCAACACUGCAUUACAUGAAGCAGUUCUGCGUGGCAUUGACGGAUUAGAAUUGGCAAAAGAAUUAUUAAGAUGUGGUGCAAAUAUGAAAAUAGAAAAUAAUCGUAAAGAAACACCACAUUCACUAGCGUUGCAUUCGAAUUGUGAACCGUUAAUACGGCUGUUCGCUUUACAUUUAGGUCAGAAACAAUUGAAAGAACUCACUGAUUGAUACUCCAGGUGAAGUUGACUUGGAAUUGAACAAUCGUCUCGAUAUAGUAUAAUCAAUAGCA